AUGAACAGGGGGAUUUCCGAAUUGAAAAGGCCAAUUUUAUGUCUUGUGCCAAAGAUUUCAACGAGAAGUUUUACUGGUUCUUCAAUUUUGCAAGGUUCGAAAGCUGUUAGAUUCUUGAAAUCACAGAGGAGGAGACAAGACAAUGAAGCUAAACAAUCAAAGCUGAAGAAUGUUUUAGACGACGUGGAUCCGGUAUUGGGUCGUCCAGAAACACCGUUUAUUGAUCGUAUUAUGGCAGAAUUAAAGGAACCCUCGGUGUUAGCCUCUGGUUAUAAUAAAACUGAAGUUGAAAGACUAUUUGCUUCUGUAGAGGCUACAAAGCAUGAGGAAUUGAACUUGUCUACUAUGAAUGCUAAUGUGAUAGAAAAGGAAGACUUGGCAUCGAUAGAUGAGAGACGUGAAGCUAUCUUCAGGAUUUUAAGCAUGAAAAAUUCAAAUCAAAAGGAUUCAAUGAAAUUAGCCAUACGUUUGGCACGUGAAGAAUUUCAAAGAUUCCCUGGUGAUACAGGGUCUAGUGAAGUUCAGGCUGCAUGUAUGACAGUGAGAAUUCAGAAAUUAGCCGACCAUAUCAAGGACAACCAUAAGGAUUUUGCAAAUAUUAGGGUCUUGAGAAUUUUAACCCAACAAAGACAAAGUAUACUGAAAUAUUUGAAAAGAGAUGACCCAAAGAAAUAUUAUUGGACAAUUCAGAAAUUAGGUCUAAGUGACAACGCCAUUACCACUGAGUUUAACAUGGAUAGAAGAUAUAUGCAAGAUUAUAAAUUCUAUGGUGAUAAGAUUUUGAUAAAGGAAUCUAAGAAGAAGGCUGAAGAGAGACGUAGAGAAACUAGAAGACAGAAAAAGGCAGAAAAAAAUGCACGCAGAUUAUAA